AAAUUUUUCUUCCGCAUCCACAUAAUUAUACAAAUGACAAAGAUAAUAUACUUGAUUAUGCAGAAACUUUAAUGAACUUUUGUAAAAAAUAUUCUAAACUUGCGGAUGCUCAUAUUGUAGAUUUUUUUAUUAAAAAUACUUGGGAAGAAGUUAUUCCAGAAGAAUGGACUGACGCGUUUAAAGUUGAAUAUAUGAGUGAAAGUGAGAAUGGAAUUACUGAAGAAGGAGAAGAGAAAAAAUUCAUGAAUAAAAUGAUUAGACUCGCUAGUUUUUGUGAAUAUGAGGUAAAUAAAAUAAUAGUGAGUGUAGGGAAGGUUAUGGAAAAAAGUUGGUCUUAAGAUUUAUAAUAAAUGACAGGAAGAUUGGCCCGAAUCUUUAAAGCAAUUUAUUAGAAAUACGAAAGGGUUAGUCUUAAUGCGUGACAUUUCAAUUAAUGGUUAGUUUCUUUGGUUACUUUAUUAGAU